AUGAAGACAGUCGCACUCCUUUCGGGCGGCAAGGACAGCGUGUACAACCUCUUGCACUGCGUAGCGAACGGACACGAGCCAGUCGCAGUCGCUUCGCUGGGUCCGCCAGCUGGGAAAGAUGAACUCGACUCGUUCAUGUACCAGACCGUCGGGCACUCUGGCCUCGCGACUCUCGCUCAGGCUCUUGACCUACCCUUCUUCAGCCGAGCAAUCAAGGGGACUGCGGUCAACGUCGGCGGAGAAUAUGGCACACGCGAGGGCAAGGACAAGGGAAAGCAGAAGGAGAACGAUGGAGACGAGACGGAGGACUUGUACGAGCUGUUGAAGGAGGUCAAGGAAGCGAUGCCGUCAGUACAAGGCGUAUCAGUCGGAGCAAUCCUCUCGAACUACCAACGAGUACGAGUCGAGCAUGUCUGCGCUCGUCUCGGUCUUACGCCCCUCGCCUACCUUUGGGAAAGAAGUCAGCCAGAGCUUUUGCGGGAGAUGGUCGAGGCGGGGAUGGAGAGCGUGCUGGUCAAGGUUGCGGGAGCUGGGUUGCAGGUCGAGCAUCUCGGCAAGUCGCUCAAGGAGAUGGAACCGACUCUACAUCGUCUGAACAAGCGCUACGAGCUACAUGUCUGCGGAGAAGGAGGCGAAUACGAGACUUUUACGCUCGACUGCCCGCUCUUCAAGCGUCGCGUCAACCUCGACAAGUACACCCUCCACGUCUCUGACCCCUCUCCCUUCUCCACCGUCGCCCAUCUCCACCUCGACUCCCUCUCUCUCGGUCCGCCGAAACCCGAUGUGCCCGCGCAGGAGACCUUUGAAGAGCUGCGCGAACGGGUGAAGAGGGAGGUGAAGCUUGGGGUACCGGGUAUCUGGGAGGAGGCGAGUUUCAGGUGGAAGGCGGAGGGGAGGAAGGCGUAUGAGGCGGUCAAAGCCCAGGAGGAGGCGAGCGACGAGGCUGCAGCGGACGGCGGUGUGAGAGAUGAAGAGGGAGGGCAGGGUGUACCGUCGUCGAACUUGACGGAGGACGGGUGGCUUUAUUUCGGCGAAGUACUCGCGGCGCAGGAUAAGCGAGGCGAGGAAAUCUCCAUCGAGGAGGAGGUGCGAAGUUGUUUCGCGGCGUUGCAAGCGCUCCUCAACUCGCACAACACGUCCCUCCUGUCGCUCGCCCACCUUACCGUCCUACUCUCCCCGUCCGCCGAUACUAUGGCGCUCUUCCCACGCAUCAACGCCGUCUACUCUACCUACUUCGGCUCGUCUCCUCCGACUCGCGCUUGCGUUGCCGUUCCUGGACGAGGAAACUGGAGGGUCAAGCUGGAAGGCGUCGCGAAGGUUGCGCAGAGUAAUGUGAGGGAAGAGAGGAAGGCGUUGCAUGUGCAGAGCUUGAGUUACUGGGCGCCGGCGAAUAUCGGGCCGUACAGCCAGAGUGUCAAGACGGGAGGCCGACUCUUCGUUGCAGGGCAGAUCCCGCUCAUCCCGGCGUCGCUCACGCUUCCUCCCUCCCCCUCCUCCUCAAGCUCCUCGACCGCCGACGCCUCCGACAUCUCCUCCCACCUCUCCCUCUCACUCCAACACCUCCACCGCAUCAUCCGCUCCUCCGCGCCUCCCUCUCCCCAAACACACUUCACCUCGUCAAGCAUUCAAGCGCGCGCCUCACACGGCGUAUGCUGGUUCGCCCCGACUUCUUCCUCCGAGAUUGAGUGGCGGCGGCGGGUUGCUGCAGCUCGUGCGGUAUGGGAAGCGAGCGAGAAGACGUAUCUAUUGGUGGAAGACGCGGAGUACGAUGGAGAGGAUGAGGAGAGGGUGCGGACGGCGCCGUUCUUGGCCGUUGAGGCGGCUGCGCUACCGAGGAAUGCGGAGGUCGAGUGGGUUGCGGAGUGGGACGUGCCAGAGAUGCUGCAGGACGACGAGGAUGACGAGGAGGAUGAACGUAGCGGGUUUGGCGAGGACGAGACCUGGGUGCGGUCGACUACAGUGUCGAACCAAAGCGGUCGCUUCGUCUCGUACCAAUGCUCGCAGGCUCCGCCGCGCUCAAAACUCGUUACCUUCGUCCUCGCCGCGCACAAAGGAGAAUCAGAUACACACCCGCUCCCUUCCGUCGACUCCUCCGCCAUCCACUCGCUCAAGGUCUUCUACCAGUCUUCGCGACUGAGCCAAUCCGAGGCCGAACGACUAGCCUCCUCCCUCUGCGGCCUCAACUCGUCAAGUUCGCAGAGACCAGCGCUCUCAUUCGUCCCGGUCGGAAGGAUCGCGACUGGCGGUGCGGUAGAGGAGCAGUGGGAUGUUGGGAUUGUAGGUGUCGCGGCGAGAGUGCGUGCGUAG